AUGACGAGGGCAAGCACUGCUGGUGCAGCUGGGAUACGCGGUGCCUCGUCGUCCGUGCAAGAAUCCUCGUCGAACGACCCCGAAGCCGCCCGCCAGAAGGUUCUCAUCGAAGCUGUAGUCCACAAUGACGUGGUAAAGAUCAACGAAGUACUGGACGAGACAAGCGAUCCCGCAAAGCUUGUCAACGAUCUGUCGCCUGCAACGGGACUAGCCCCUUUACACUACGCCGCCGCACGUGGAUACCUACACAUCCUCCGACUCCUCAUCGAAAAGUGCGCCGAAAUCGAUCGGGUGGACAGGGAAGGGGAAACACCCCUCUUCAAAGCUGCUUACUCCGGGCACAUUGAUGUGAUUCAGACUCUGUUACGGAAUGGGGCAAAGACUAGUCAUACCGAUACGGAUGGGUGGUCUGCGCUGCACAACUGUGCCUCCGGAGGGCACUUACUGGCGGCCCGAGCUUUGAUUGAAGCGGACGCGGAUGUCAACGCAAAGUCGAAGACGGGCCAUACACCUCUCAUGAGUGCCGGCGCGAAAGGGCAUCUGGAUCUGGUUGAGCUGCUUCUCAAUAAUGGGGCGGAUCCGCUUGUCAAGAACAGUUUUGGAGAUUCAGCGUAUGAUCUCGCUGCGCAGGCCGAGGAGGCCUACAUCUGCGAUGUCCUCGAGAAUGCUGAGCAGAAUGCCCUGGCUCGUCUGUCGGACGGGAGAACAAGAGAGGGAAAAGGUCCCGAAGGAGCCAUUGACCACAGCACGGUUGUCGAGACCAUCUACGAAAACGAACGAGGAGCCUUCCUGACCCGCAAAUUCUCGGCCGCCAACCUCGUUACCAACGAUGCACGCACGCAAUGGACCACACCCGCCGGAAAGUCUUGCGCUUUGGACGACGUCAACUUGCCUGAAGUCCGUGAUCCUCGAACCGGACAGUCUGUAAGGGGCUGGUUCUGGUUGACGGAUUGGCGGGUGGAGACGAAGCAUUUCCAAGCCGAUGGCGAGGGUUGGCAGUAUGCAAAGACGUUCGAUACACCUACGUCACAAUGGGUUGCAGCUCCUGUGGGGAUGCUCAAUAGCUGGGUUAGAAGGCGGCGGUGGACACGGGUAAGGAAGAGGAGGGCGGACGUGACGCUUGAGGAGUCUGCUGGAGGGAGUUCAAGUGCGGCUUCGGCUUCGGGUGAUUACGUCGCCAAAGCACGGAAGCUUGUAGAUGACCUCCCUGCCAUAGAUGGCGAGGGAGAUUUGGGUCAUGUUCGUGCUGAGCUGGAAGCAUAUCAUCUGGUAAUACAGCAGUUGCUGGGCGGGAUCAAAGCGGACUCGAACAAAGACCGUCAGCGGGAAGCCUCCGCGCUGGUGACAGGGUACAUAGAACGCGCUGAAGAGUUGGAUGCGUUGCUCGACGCCACCGGGAGUCCCGAGGAAGGGAGUGAGGGCAACCAGCAUACAAAUAGCGGGCAGACGUCGUCCGACAUUGAUGCUUUGCUGCGGGCUGCCUCGGAAGGGCGGCAGCAGAAUGGGACAUCAUCACGUACAGAGACUGCGUUGGUUAACGGAACUAUGAAUGCGACGGCAAGCGCAAGUGGAAGUGGAUCCAUGGACGGAAUAUCAACGUCAGUGCCGGCCGACGCUGUGAACGGGGUCCAGACGGCAGUGCCACUGUCAAUGACUCCUAUAUCCGCGUGGCAGCCGGACGAGGAUGCUCCUGAGUGUGGAGAAUGCAAGAAGCGUUUCAAUCUAUGGCUUCGGCGGCAUCACUGUCGGUGGUGCGGCAAAGUCUUCUGCGCCUCAUGUUCUUCCGAAAGAUUCAUGCUAUACCCCCACUCUCCACCCAGCCGAGUCUGCACUUCAUGCUACAGGCAUCUUUCCCAACGUAACGCCUCCCACAAUGACCCGCCAUCUCGCCCCUCCGUAACCUCCCCAACUCGUCGCAGCCCAUCUACCCCCACAAUCACAGCCCCACCAACAUCCACCGCCAUCCUAACCCAGCAAGAACGCGACGCCAUCUCCCCCUCAUCCCCAACCCGCUCAAUAGACAGCGGCACCUCAAGCACAAUGGCAGAAUGCCCCGUUUGCCAACGUCCCUUAGAAAGCCUGCCAGAGGAAGAAUCCGAACGACACGUCAAGGAAUGCCUCGAUCGCGUCGCCACACCCGCGGGAAGUGUUCCCAGUAGCGCGCCGGCUCCGAGCUCCUUUGGGGGCAGGAGUAGUGUGAGUGGGAAUAGGUACCUUGUGCAGACGCUGAAGGAGGAUAUUGAGGGGAGGGAGUGUGCGAUUUGUUUUGAGGAGUUUUUGGGUGGACAACGGAUAGCACGGCUCAAUUGCUUGUGCCUGUACCAUGUGCAUUGCAUCGAAGCGUGGUAUCAGCGCGGGACCAGAGCAUGCCCCGUACAUUAUGAGUGA